UUGGAGCGGGUCUACCUGCACGUGUCGAGGGCUGUACACCAUUUAGUACCCAUAUCACUUAUCGAUUUUACAUAUCGGCAUACUUUUUCUUCGUAGUAUCCAAUAACGUUUUAAUUCCUUUGACACAUAUCGUGCGGUACGCAGCAAAACCUCUCUCGCCUGAGCUUGCCGUCAGCGAUACAAUCACCAUGGAACAACAUAGACGUGCUGGUAACAUGUCAAAUUGUGUUAAAACACACAUUCUGUUGUAAACAGAAACAAACACAAAGAAAAAAAUAUCUGAAUUUAAAAACACGUGUUCUUGGUGAUUGCACAGCAGGAAAUAUAAAGGAUCGACAAAGAUCGGAGGGACGCCAAAGCUAUUAGAUGUAGCGGAGGAGUACACAGUUAGCGGAGUAACGUCCAAACGUACAGGACUCAAAUAGUGAGCGAAGGGUUGUGACAAAUUAACGGAAUCAAAAAAGUGUUCAAAAGUGUGGAAACAGGACAGUUUUCAUUCCGAGGAUAUAUUCAAGGAGAUCUUCAGACAUUUGAGGCGACUGGUCACUGACUUAGGCGGCAAAUCCAGGACCUCAGCAUCAGCAGCGCACAUUGUGGUGGGAAACGGUGGUACCCAACAUCAUCGACCUCCAAACUGGCGGGAAACGUCGUCAUACGAACAAUGUUUCUCCUCACAAUUAAGAGCCCCGGGUUUCGUCAACUUGAGCACGUGAUAACGUGAAAAUCUACACUCACGUGGAGAACACGGGCAUGAAACAUGUCCAACCUUCAAGACAAUUGUUAAAAAUCUUUGAUCUCAGCAGGAAAUGUAUAGAUGCCUAAAAGAACUCGAAUAACAGUUGACCUAGUUAUAGGUACUUACAUCUAUAAGGUCAAUGCAUUAUAGCGUUAAAUGAUUUAUCUUAUUGUAUAAAUAAGGUACUAAUAGAACAAUCCGUCGAACAAAACUGUAUCCAGUGUUUCAGACUUACUUACAGUGCAGAGAAGUCACAAACUUACUUAAAGAGACUAAAAAGUGUUUCAGCCAUCUACCUGUGUAUUAAGUGUGAGUACAUAGAAGUCACGAUCUUACUUAAAGAGACAGAAAGAUCGAGAACAUUUGACGUACUUUAUUUACAAGACGACCGGCUCUUUUGGUGGAAAACUACUUCAGUACAACAUCCCCGGAUGUGACAGUGGCUGAGUUUUCUGUCGUUAUCGUCAUCAAACGAACUAGCAAACACGUCUUAAUUCCUCACCAUUUCGCUGGACAAUAAAUCGAAAACCUUUUUUCGCGUCUUAAGUUGAAAUUGCUUAACGGAAAUACGUUAUAUGUAAAAGCUUUGUGAGUGACGAGAUAAAUUGUCAACGUAUUGAAGGGGAUUAUAGAGGCAUUAGUGUAUAACAUUCGGGAAUCCGUAUAAAUAACUACUAGAUACUUCACCAUAUAGAGCGUGUUAUACCAAGACGCUCUCACCAAGUUUCAAAGACAUUUUAUGGUAUUCGUCAUUACCAGAUCGAUAGCGAGGCCAUUCUGACGGGUUUGACAAUUUAAAAAUAUAUAGCCCGGCCACAGCGUUCGUGCAGUCCAACUGACUGACUUAAUUCUUCAACACACAGCAUUGAUAACAUAUUACACGGAACCGGUAAGAAAAACCGGAAUUUAUGGUGAUUUUGAUUGUUUAUCGUACAGAAACAUAAGAACUAAUCAAAACUUUUCGGGAUUAUUGUAAUGUCUGACACGACACUGCCAUUAAAUCCGGAAUAGGUAAGCCGAAUCUGUAAGUGAGUGGCGUCGAGGGACAUUAUUGAGAAACACUGCAGACGAACACGCAUCUAUGUCAGCUUGAAGUGUACUAUUUGGCAAGAAAUGGAUGAAAUGACAACAGCAUUAAGAAGCUUACAAUUUCAAAGUAGAUGCAUAACAUUUUGCGAUAGUUUUGUGUAAGAAAGGCACGCAUACAAUUAUUCAUGGUUUUAAAAUAACCCGAAACAUCUCCUUUUUAAUUCUUUUUGCAAUCGAUGUCUAUUCUGUUCUAGAUAUCAGUUAAAAAUACACUAGAAAAAACUCGGCUUGUUUAAUAACAAUUUAUUUACAAACUGAUCAGUCGGAUCUUCUGUUUAUCAAACAAACACCAUCAGUUGAUUGCGAAGAAUUACAAGUAACAAGUCAACUAAAGGCGCCGUGAAUCAAAUUAAAACUUGACUGUAUACGUCUCUUGGAAUAUUUUUUAAUCAUUCGGCAUUUAAACACUGCUUUCCACUACAUGAAGUGAGGGAUUUUUUUUCCAUUGAAGUUGAUGUGUUUAAACCAUCCUCUUUUUAACUGUUGACCUGCAUACUUAAAAGAAACAGUGAAAAAAUAACUCUUUAAAGGGUCGAUGCGCUUUACAAUUGCCGGAUUAUUGACACAGCAUGUUGAUUCCUUGACGUGGUAAGGUAGAUCAACGACCCUAUUUGUGAUUAGGACAAACGUACAUAUGUUUAUCUGUGUAUGACCAGGCUUUAUGAGAAAUUGAGUGCUAUAGCUUGAGGAAAGUGUGUCAUCGAUUAUCGAACACAACACGUUGGGCCUGGCUUCAUAACAUGAUGUGCUCAAUGGAGACAAAUAACAUGUCAAAAACAAUCCUUGAGAGCUGGAACAAUAUGUAGAUUUCUAUUUUUAAGGGAUUUAAAGUCAGUGAAAAUUCAGGAUUCCAUGUGUUAGCUUCGACAAGCAUUAGCAGCGGAAAACAGAAGGUAAAAUGGCGAAUAAUUUCAGUAAUGUCUCCUUCCCGCCAAACACUAAUUGGGAGGGUUACGUGACGUCAGUAUUCAUGUCAUUCCUGAUCGUCCUAACUCUUGUAGGUAAUAUGUACGUGGUGGCCGCCAUUUUUAUAUAUAAACCGCUGAGGAGCGUUCAGAACUUUUACAUUAUAUCUCUAUCAGUGGCCGAUAUGGCUGUGGCCAUACUCGUCAUGCCGUUUCAUAUCUCCAAUAUAUUAUUCAACGAAUGGAUUUACGGAUUUGCAUUUUGUGACCUGUGGUUGACAUUUGAUAUUUUAUUGUGCACGGCAUCCAUCUUAAAUAUAUGUGUUAUUGCUAUGGAUCGGUACUUCGCCAUACAUGACCCUUUAAACUAUGCUGCUAAAAGAACGAUAAAGCGUGUGUCGUUUAUGAUAGUGGCUGCCUGGGUAACGAGCGCCGUCAUUUCGGUACCUCCAUUGUUUGGAUGGAGUGACAAAUCACACGGGAGUUUGCUCGAUCCCGAGAGUGGACAGUGCCAUCUGACGGAGGAAAGGGGCUUCGUAAUAUAUUCCGCCUGUGGUUCAUUCUAUAUUCCUCUCGCUAUAAUGUCAUUUGUGUACCUGAAAAUAUUUUUGGCCACCAGAAAAAGGCUUCGAGAAAGGGCUAAGGCGUCUGCGGCCACAAAACUUUCUUGCAUGUCUGGAGUUCGGCCUAGCCCAAAUAUCAGCAGUGACCCCGCGUCUGAGGCGAGCGCUGAGCCUGUGGCAAAGGAGAACACAAUCACAACAGCCACGUCCAAAACGGUGACUACAAAGAACACGGGUGGAUCAUCUGGGGAAACACGUGUAUACCUAGCGGUGAACAAUAACCCGGAAUCAGCUCAAAAAAUAUCUACAUUCUUCGAGCAAAAGCAGAAAAUUUCUCUUUCUAAAGAAAGACGGGCAGCUCGAAUUCUUGGUUUCAUCAUGGGUGCGUUUAUUUUUUGUUGGCUUCCGUUUUUCCUCUAUUAUGUUAUCAUGCCGUUCUGUCCGGGUUGUAUAAAGGACGGAACAGCCACUGUUGAGAUGUUUGUAGUGGUUCUCGGAUACGUGAACUCCAGUCUCAACCCUAUCAUUUACACAAUCUUCAACAAUGACUUCCAGAAGGCGUUUCAGUAUAUUUACGUCAAAAAGUUACGGUGUAAAAGUUCAAGGUCGACUACAACGAUAAAAAUUAAUGGUCAAACAAUGGUGUGAAUUGUCGGUACCAUUGUAGAUAAUUCAAAUGUUUUUUAAAAAAAAUCUUUAGCAUAACCGUUUUAAUGGAAGUGAAUGUUUUAACGUGAAAUGUGAUUUUUCUUUCUUUUCUUUCAGUGAAUCGAUUGUUUUUAUCAAUCCUUUUUUCUUAAAAAGUUGAGAUAAUGUUCUUACCUUUUUUUCAAUAUAUUUGUUGUUCAUAAACAUCAUUUUAGUAUGACGUAGAUCAUUUUCAACCUGGUUUUUAUCUUAAGCUUCUCCAUACCACUGGCAAAAAACUGUAGCUAAGUAUUGGAAACCUCUUUCUUUCCAACAUGACUAUAGCUUUGAUAAUGAGUGUAAAAUCCAACUGGCUAGACCGGGAUUCGAACCUGGGACUACAGAUAUUGAUAAUAUCGCUCUAACCGAUAAACCUAUCUAUUCAGUGAAGAUAUAUCAAAACGGAAGUUAAUGAAAAGUUAUUGUAUAUACUCAGUAAGAAAAAACACAGUGAAUUGGUACAGGGAUUCUUAAGAGGCUAUAUAAAUGUAAGAGAGUUUUCUCCAAUAUCGACCUUAUUUUCUUUUACAGAUUUUCGAUGACUAACCAAACACGAUACUUCGUAAUUUGUGUUUACUAUUCCAACAACAUUUUAGGUCUUGCUAAACGUGUGUUCUGUAUACUAAUGGUCCCCACGUAGUGUCAUAUCAGACAGGUUUCACAGUAAUUUCAUUCACAUUGCGUUAUUCUGGCCUGAAUAAAUCAUAAGGACCAAACAUCAAUUGUUAAUGUGGAACAAUUUAACGUGCCGAUAUAAAUAGGAGCCGUUUCUUGAUUUUGUUCAUUAUUUUUAAACUAUAUAAAUAUUAAGCCUCAAUACCGAACCUUGCCUUAUACCGCAUUUACUCGGAUAGAUAUGUUUUUGGUUAUUUUCAUAUACAAUUUUUUCUAGUGCUUUUGCAAUUUCGGCGUUUCGGCGUCAGGCAUUGCUGAUGGGAUUUUAUUAAUUGAAACAAUCAUGUCCAGCCCGCUCGUGCUUACUUUUACAAAGGUCUCCUCGGGCAUGAAAAACAAGGUCCUGUGGACAUGCAGAAUCACACAGGGUGUGGGAAUCGUUGUGAUCAAUACCAAUUAUUUCGUUAUCCAUCGUCGCCGUUUGUCAUUUAGUUUCUUAUCAUGUAGCAAACGUUUAAUGUUGAGAUCGAUUAUAUUUACGUUUUUUCAGAUCACGUGGUUCGGUCGAAGCACCAUUACUAUAAGUAUUUGUACUGCCAUUAGUUAUUGUCAUUUCCUAUUGUCUCAAUAUACCCCAUGUGGGUUUUUUAAAACUAACCUACUUAACUUCAGAAUACUUUGACAAAACUGCAUCCUCGAUACUCAGGUGUUUGGUCCACUUUCGCUCUUUGCACCCCUGGAAUAUGUCAUAGCAAAAUCGAAGACUCAGUGUGCACCACCGUGUGGAUGAGACGAUAAGACAAGUUUGAUCCUUUGAUGUACAGCAAAAGAAUCGAUCGGUCGCGUAACGAUAAAAUUGACUGGCUUUGAAGUCGAGUGUCACUCCUCCGUGAUUUGCAAAGGACAUGCAUCAGCCUAGCGAUUGGAAAUGUUUGUUUAACCUGAGACCAAUGAGCGUAACCACCGGAGUUUCGAGAAUGACAAAACUAGAGAAAAGCCAUUAAAAUGACAAUUUGUUAUAUUACAUAUAUAAUUCGGAAAGCCUUAAACAGAGUUUCUACUAUUUCUGAUCGUCCAAUGUUACUAAUCCAUUUUAAUGCACACACAUGAAGACAAAUACUACUGGCAUUACAUCAGCUGAUGGGCGGACAGACCAUCAGCCGAGCGGACAAUGCCAGUCUUAGGUGUGAUGUGAAGAAUCGUAGACUUUCAGCAAAAUCACAAGUAAUCCUUUUUUCAGACUAUGUGUUAAGUAGGAUAAUUCAUAACAGUAUGUGAAAGUGUUCGAGAUGUUUGUUAUUUCAUCAAAAAUAGUCUCUGACUUUCAUAAUCAUAACAGCCUUUGCUGAAGUAUUCUUCCAUCUGAAACGUUCCUUUUUAUUAUGACAGGAUACGACUGUCUGUCAAUAUUACAGAUGAAAGCUGAUCUAUGUUUUUCAUAUAGAAACGCUUACUUGCUUUUAUUGCAUAUUGUCCACAAAAGCGACUCGAUACUAUUUUCAGCAACUAAUGACAAUUUCUCUUUCAAAAUUAAAAAUUGUUAGCUUAAGAUUUGUUAAUUUCAGUAUUCGAAAUCGUUUUCAUUUUAAGUUAUUUUGACUUUCACAUUUUUGAUUGUUCAUCUUAUAUCAAGAGACACUGUUUGUUGUGUGUCUCCGUAUUUUUUUGUAAACAACACCGGAAUUAUGCAUGUUCAGAAAAUUGUUUAAACUAACAAGCGAGGCCAGUCAUUCUGAGAACUUUUCAUCCUCAUCUAUAAACUAUUGUGUUGGAUGAUAUUUUACGACAUUUCAGGUUAAUAUUGAUCCUUGUUUUUUCAUUUGACGUGUACAUAUUCGUUCUUUAUGGAUUUCGUUUUAUCAUUGAAGCAAUAAACAUAUCUU